AUGAUAAUUAAACAAAUAGUAACCUUUGCUUUGCUUUUAAUACUAAGCAAGGCGGAAAUCAUAAAAAUUCAACUCAAAAAAUAGACAAUAACCUAACUUGAUUAUUUAUAAUAAGAUUCAAACAUAUUAUAACAUGGCGGUAAUAGUAGAUAUUUACAAUAAUCAUCAUAAGGCUCUAAAUAAAAUGUUGAUUUAGCUAAUUACCUUUAAUAAUAAUAUUCGGCAGAAAUCACAAUCGGAAAGGGUAAAAAAACUUUAUAAGUCCUUGUUGAUACUGGCUCAAGUAAGCUCAUGCUACCGAGCAAGAACUGCAUCGAUAAUAAAAAUUGCAAGGGCUUCAAUGCGUAUUAUGAUUGUUUAUCCUCAGAUGGCUGCAAUACCACAAAUAUAGAGUAUACUUAAAACUACUUGACUGGAUAAGUGAAUGGUGUCAAUGUGAAUGCAACAGUAGGAAUAGCUAAUUUAUCUCAAAUCUAACAAUCUGUACUCUUGUUUGAUGAAUCUAAUAAAUUUACCAAUGAAUUCUCUGAUGGCUUAUUAGGAUUGUCAGUUUAUAAUAAAGAUAACAAUGGAAGCAAUUCUUUCGUUACUAAUCUCUAUAAAAAUGGUGUGAUUCAAGAAAAUAUGUUCUCUUUGUAUCUAGGAUACAAAUUGGAUGACUCAGAACUUGUUUUGGGAGGUUAUAACUCUAAAAAGAUAGAUCCGUCUUCUAAAAUUUAUAACCAUAAGAUAUUAUAAAAUUUACAAUAUGACGAUUCGUAGAAAUGGGUUAUUCCAGUAUAAAGAAUUGAAUUAAAUACUUUUUCCAAAACACUUUCUUCAUAAAAUAACCUGGCGAUUAUUGACUCUUCCUAUCCUUAUCUGGGAGUAGAACAAAGUAUGUAUUAAGGUAUGGUAGACUAUUUUGUUAAGAAAGGAGCUAAGCUAAUAAACAAUAAAUAUCAAAUCGAAUGCAACAAAACUCUUGAUGAUAUAUAAUUCACUAUCACGGAUUCUGAUUAAGUAGGAAGGAUUUAUUCUCUUCCUUUUUCAUUUUACACUUCAAACUCAUCAAAUACAUGCACUUUUUUAAUUUAAUCUUAUAACGGAGCAAGUAAUGUAGGUUUUGUGCUUGGAAAUGCAUUUCUAAGAAGAUAUGUUUCAAUCUUCUACUACUCAAAUUUAACAGUUAGUUUUGGAUAAUCAACCGCAAACCCAAAUGAUGAUUACACAAGUGGCUUACCCACAUGGGCUAUAGCUGUAAUAGCUGCUGCUGCAUCUCUGUUUUCAUUAGCAGGAGGAUUUGCCUUAUAUAAAAAAUGCAAAGGAAAUAAAAAUAGAAGUGGCCUUACUUAAACUAUGGUUAGCAAUACAUCUAUUUGA